CCCUGUGAAAUCACGUAUAAGCCAGAGUAAUGUAAACAAAAAUAAAGUAUACGAAUGGAGAACUCGGAGAUUGAGUUUAAUGACGACUAUGAGCAUCCUGACAAUGUGGAAUACAUAUUAGAAUCCGUGCUAAUGCCCAGCGAUGGCAGCUUAGAAUUUAACCUUUUAGCAGAGGAAUAUAAUUCAAUUCUUCUGAACCAGUGCCGGUGCAAUACAGAAGCCUGUGAAAAUAUAGAAACAUGUACUCAUGGAGGACAAUACGAGAUGAAACCCAAAGAAAAGGAACUAACUUUAAAGAAAUUAAAAAUAAAUACUGUACGCCCCAUCAUUGAGUGCAAUGAUUUAUGCGGUUGCAGUAAAAAUUCUUGCCUAAACCGCCUGGUUCAAUAUGGUCCAAGGAAGAAUCUUGAGGUAUUCCAUUCCCCUAAAUAUAGAUCCCAUGGUCUACGCACAAAAGUUAAUAUACCUUCAGGAGCCUUUAUCUGUGAAUAUGCUGGCGAGCUGCUAACAGUCAGUGAGGCAAAAAAGCGAUUGGAAGAAAACCAAAAGCUUGGCCUGAUGAACUACAUAUUGGUUCUUAACGAAUAUUCAAACGAGAAGAAGCAACAGGUGACUAUUGUGGAUCCUUCUCGGCGAGGAAACAUUGGACGCUAUCUGAACCACAGCUGUGAUCCCAACUGCCAAAUAGGAGCUGUACGAAUAGAUUGUCCUAUACCGAAAUUAGGAAUAUUUGCAGCCCGAGACAUUGUGGCACAGGAGGAAUUGUGUUUCCACUACGGCGGAGAGGGGCAGUCCAAAAACAUAAACGAAGGAAAGGCUUGUCUCUGCGCUGCUGCCAAUUGUACGGGUUUUAUGCCAAACACUUCAAUAGAAUAG